AAUUGAAAGAAAGAAUGGAUGACUUGAAAACCGCUGCUCAAAAUGGCGAUUUGAACUUGCUAUACUAUUUAAUUUUCAAUGAUCCAUCUCUACUUGAUCACAUCGAUGAGGUACCAUUUUUUGAUACUCCUUUGCAUAUAGCAGCUCAGCAUGGAAACGUCGAAUUUGCAAUAGAGAUAAUGAAUUUGAAACCAUCAUUUGCUCGGAAACUAAAUCAAAAUUUAUAUAGUCCCAUGCACCUUGCCUUGUACAACAAGCAAAUCGAUAUGGUUCAUCUAUUUCUAGAAUGCGAAGCUCUUGAUCAUCUUGUUCGCAUUCGAGGAAAGCGUGGUGAAACUCCUUUGCAUUAUCUGGCUGCAAAAGAAAACGAUGUGGAUCAUCAACAACAAAAGAUUCAUCUCUUACUGAAAUUCUUAUCGGUUUGUCCACUAAGUAUCCAAGAUACGAAUAAUCGAAAAGAAACAGCUUUUCAUAUCGCUGUUAAGUCUGAAAAUGAUGAUGCUUUUGAUUUCUUACUAGGCAGACUGCGAAGAGCUUGCCAUAAAGGCUCUGAAAUGGAUGAGAGGAAAAUUAUAAACUUGAAGGAUGCCAAUGGGGACAAUGUGCUACACAUUGCUACAGCUAUGAAUCAUUCCCAAGUAAGUCUUUUCUCUUAUGUCUUUAUCUAUUUCAAUUGUUGUUUCAAUUAUUAUUUUUUUUCCCUUUAUGGUUCAACAUUAAUUAAUUCUUUAUUUUCGUAUUUAAUUGUGGUGAGAAUAUUAUUGGAAGAUAGUAAAAUCAAUGUAAACGCAAAGGAUUCAAGGGGUUUGACUGCUCUAGAUAUCUCAUUUGAAAAUAGAUCAAAUCCACUCUACACAGAAGUCAGGGAAAGACUACUUGGAGCUGGAGCUUUAAGAGCUGAGUCCCUUCCAAAAGUCUCCAGCUCCAUGGAUAUGGAUCACUUGAGGUCUAAGGUGGCAUUGACAGAACAAAUUGCCAUAAUUUUGAUUCGUUUGAAAAACGACACAAAGAAUGAAUCAGUACGCAAUUUGGUACUAGUGGCUUGUGGAACGAUUGCAACAUUCACAUUCCAGGCUGCACUAAGUCCCCCAGGAGGAGUUUGGCAGGAUGGCAACAACAACAAAAUUAACACUCAUCGACCUGGGACGGUGAUAAUGAGGACUCCAAAUUUCUUCGCUCUAUAUGUUUGCAACAGCGUCACAUUUUAUAUUACAAUCAUGAUUAUGGCUCUUCUACUCGCUAAUGGGAAUAUUGGUGAACCAAUUUUCAUCCCUACUCUUGUUAUGUUGCUUUUCUAUGUGCUAGGUAAGAAGAUUCAGUGA